UAUAUACACUCCAAACUUCACCCUCUCAGAUAUCCAGUUUUCAACGUGAGUAAAGUGUAUUAAAAAUCUUACAUAGUUACAAUUAGUAGUGGAAUCACCAUAUACAAGUCAAUUUUGUAAGAGCAAAUUGUUUCCAAACACAUUUCCUUAAUACUUAUCGCCAAUCCCAACCCCACCGUGUUCCUUUAUAGUCACUGUCACCCCCUUCUUUCUUAAGUGGGCAACACCAACGCAACACAACACAACACCACAUCACAUGCCAUCCAAUCUUCUAGAGCCACAAAACACCAAAGGAAUGGUGAGAGGAAGGUUUGUUAAAAAACUCAAACUAGUGCAAACCAUAACCAACUUAAAACAAGGCAUAGUUCUCCAAAGAAAGUCUCCAACCCCAUAUGAAGACUACAAAGGAAGCAAAAACAACCUAUCUGAGCUAGUGGUUGAGGAUGGUAAUCAUUUUGAGGAGGAAGAAGCCACCCUAGGGUCCAAACACACACAACUAGAACUUGCAGAAGCAGAAGAAAAGUUAGUGAUGGCAUCAUGCAACAAUGAAUACUAUUACCCAUCUCUGAGUGACUUUAAAGAGCUGUGUCCACCAGGGGGGAACCACUCGAUCAUUCUAUACACAACAAGCUUGAGAGGGAUAAGGAAAACCUUUCAGGACUGCAACACGAUCCGUUUCUUGCUGAGGAGCUUUAAGAUAAUGUACCAUGAGAGGGACGUGUCGCUGCACAUGGAGUUCAGAGAGGAGUUGUGGAAAAUCUUGGGAGGAAAAGUGAUUCCGCCGAAGCUUUUCAUCAAAGGGAGGUACAUUGGAGGAGCUGAUGAAGUUGUUGGGUUGCAUGAGAUGGGUUGGCUUGGGAAGUUUCUGGAAGGAACACCGAGAAACUCGAGUGAUUCUCCAUGCAGUGGCUGCGACAACAUGCGAUUCGCUAUUUGUUCCAACUGUUGUGGCAGUUGCAAAGUGUUCAGCGGCAAUAGAGAUAACAACGAUCGAUGUUUCGUUAGAUGUUCUGAGUGCAACGAGAACGGCCUUGUCAAAUGCCCCGUUUGCAGCUGCUAGCUACAAAUUUAUCUCACCUUGGAGAUGAACCUGUGUCUGAUGAGAAUAAUAUUUAAGCCAACGAGGAAUAUCAAGAGAUGAUCGUACUGGACCAGAACAGAGAAAAAUGAAUCUUGAUUUAUUAAAGACUGAGAAUUUCGACAAUCGCAACUACUCUCCCAAAUAAACUCCGUACAGAUUACAGAAUAGUUUUUUCUGACUAACUAAAUACAUGUUACACAGGCCCAAGGGCCUAAGUCCAUGGGCCCAAGUACCUGGUUGCUUCAUUAUUAUUUAUUUCCUUAUCCAUACACGAUAGUAAUUGGGUUACUCUUAUUUCUUCUAUAUUACAAAUUUACAAUCUUCUGUAGACUAUGAUUCAUUAUGUUCGUAACUGCAUCUUCAAUAAUUCAAAAGUGAACCACAGGGUUCCAGUU